AGCACUUGUCAAACAAUCAAUAUUUUACCCAAAUUUUCAUUUUAUCCCAAAUAGCAAAAAUGUGCAAAAGUGUAUAUUAAAAUAAGCUCACACAGUGUGAAGAACCUGGAAUAAAAAAUCUACUAAAGCUAAAAAUAACUGCAAUGCAAAGCAACUUAGCGCCUGGUAAAUUAAGCUUUAAUUGUGGCACAUCACUUGAAGUUUUUGAGUGUAAAAUGUGUAAUUUUAAAACAGAUUUGAAUAUUAUUUUGCAUUAUCACAGAAACUUGCAUCACAAUUAUAAAAAUGUACAAACUCCCAUGAAAAAUCCAGAAUUUAAAUGAUACAAGUGCCAUUUUGCAACCUAUUCAACAUUAUUAUGGUUCAAACAUAGAUUUGAAUGCACAUUACAACACUACAGCCUUUGCAGACAUCCUCCAUCUGAAGAAAUCAAAUGGUUUCAAUGUGAACAUUGUGAUUAUAAAACACAACAAAAAGCGAGUUUCGAAAGUCACAAAGUUUACAAUCAUUCGCAAAAUACGAGUAAUGCCAUGUAUGAAUGUAAACAAUGUACAUACAAAACAAAAAACCGACGCCACCUGAAAUUUCAUGAAUUAAGACAACAUGCGACUCUUGAUGACCCCCAGUGGUUUAACCGUGAGCAAUGCACCUACCGGACAAUAGCCCAAUCUGAUUUGUCGAGGCACAUUCUAUCACGACACACAGAAAAGGCUUUGAAAAAGAAAAUUGAGUUCUCUUGCACCUUGUGUCCGUUCAAAACUUUGUAUCAGCAGUCUUUAAAGCAACACAUCGUUGGACAUCACACUGCAUCUGAAGAAAUCCGAUGGUUUGAAUGUGAUCAAUGCGACUACAAGGGCAAAUGCAAAAAAUAUUUUAAAAUACACAAAAAAAUGCAACACUCUGAUGGUAGUGUUAAUAAGAUCUCGUGCGAUAGUUGUUCCUUUAAGACAACAACCCAAGAGGCGUUGAAGAAACAUAUUGCAAGAAAACACCCUUCAGGGAAAUUGUUACAUGAAUGUCCUCAUUGUUUUUUUACGGCGAGGUAUAAGGUGUUUCUGAAUCACCAUAUAAUAAGACAACAUACUGCCGCUGAACAGAUUGAAUGGUUCAGAUGCGCUCAUUGUGAUUACAAAGGAAAAUUCAAAGGAGAUUUGAGUAGACAUAUAAAAUAUAGUCAUAGCAGUGCUGUGGUUAAGAUAUUUAGUUGCGAUUUGUGUGAGUACAAGUCUACGAGAACACACAGUCUUAAAACUCAUAAGUUAAGGAGACAUUUCUCACAAAAAGAAGAGUUGUAAAUUGGAGUUUUGUUUAGCAUUUAUGUGUAAAAUUAAACACAGUUUUGUAAUUUGUUACUUCUUGUAUUAUAAUUAUUAUUUUCAUAAAUUUAUAAAGAAAAAAAUUGUUCGAGC